UUGAUUGCCACCAAGCCGGCUUACAAGAGCCAUCGUUCCAUCCUUUUUGUCUCUGGCGUUUUAUCAGCCAUGCCGUCCAGUCUACGUCGUCCAUGACAUCUCCCAUCCCCUUUCUUUGGCAUACCUCGAGUCUUGCCGCGUGGAGAGUCCUUCUCAUGUGCUUAAGCACCCAACACACCCGACGAGUUCCUAGACACAUCUACCCAUCGUCUCAGAUGCCUCGUAUCGUCCAAGAUGAGGGCUAAUAGCGCUCCCACUUCACGUCUCAGCAUUGCUCUUUUGUUUUUCUCCCUGCAGGCGCUAGGACGUACAGCAGCUCCGCAUGGCCUCCCUUCCGACGUAGCUUCCCGGGUGCCGGACUGCGGGUUAGGCUGUCUCCAGCAGCUCAUCAACUCCGCCACGGCCAAUGCCUCCUCUGCAUGCCUGGAAGCUGGCACGGAUGCUGCGUGUCUCUGCGAGAAGGACAUUAGCCAGUACGGCUCUGUCCUGAGCUGUGUGCAGGCCAACUGCACCAUUGAGGACGCCAUUGGUUCGCGCCAUCUCGCAUGCCCCUUUCUCUUACACUCUCUCUCCCAACGAGGAAAUCACCUUGGCUGCAAAGGAAGACAGACUGACAGGGACAAGACACCGCUCGUGGGGCGUGGGAGGCCUGCGGAAAGCCCCAACGCUCUCGCAAGGCCGAUCUCCUCGUGCCGCUGUCUAUCGAAGUGCCGGCCCUGAUCUGCAUCCUUCUCCGGCUGUACUCGCGGUGGUGGUCGACUAAGCACUUCGAGGCCGACGACUACAUCAUGAUGGUUGUAGCGGUGUUCUAUACCGUAUUUGAGGGGCUAGGGUUCUCAUGUACGGUACACUUCUCAAGCCAAGAGAUAUACUUCUAGAAACUAAUGCACAUUCGCAAACGCCAGCGGCCCAACUGGCUUUUGGAGUCGAUGUC